UGGCCCUCUAAAUAACUUUUAAAAGGAAUUUUGAUAAAGAAAUGUUUUAGAUAACAUUAUCUCAUCAAAAUGCCCUAAAGGAUCUUUUAAUAGUCACAGGAAAUCCAGUAUAUCUUAACUUAGCUAAUUUACGGGAUUUAUAUUUUAUCUGCCUUAUAAUGUGUUAUACACGUACCUGCUGAAGGAAUUACGUAACAAAAUCUAUCACAAGGAAUACAUGAGUGGGAUUUAUAUCAUAAAAGUACAAGUCAUUUGUAAAACCCCAUUACUUAGGCAGAAUAUUGUAGGUGGGAAGAUGGUACUGAAAGAAGAGGUGAGGAUAGGAAAUACAAAUCUAUUUUGCCUCACAAUUUUGCUAAGGCCAGCCAUUUAAAAACAUAUAGAAGAUCCAAUUGAAGUAUCUAAAAGAAGAAGAAAUUUGUAGUUGUGAAAACAUUUGACUAGGAUCUCAUAUAAAAUGCUUGGAAAUUAAUAACUUGAGACCAAACAGUAUGAUUCUUAAUUAGGAAAGCAUGUCUAGUGGUCAGAUGUUGUAUUAGAAUCUCCAGAAACAGGGGCAUGGAAAAAGGCUUUCCGGAGAUUCUGAUCCAGUUUCUUCAUCAAUACCAAACUCACUGGGCUCUUGUGAGCAUUAAAUGAGAUAAUAUGUACAGAAAUAAUAAGCAAACUGUUAAGUGCUAAGGCAUCAGGAUGCAAGGGGGACCCUAAAAGCCAAUAGUUACCUCAUAUUGUGAAUAUAUGAAUGGAUACUUUUGAAAAUUGACCCUUCUUAGGCAGAGGUAUAGGUUUGCUUGUUUUUUCCAAGCAGCAAGCAAAUUGUGGGCUUCAUUUAGACUGAGCUCAGGUCAUAUCUUGGAAAACAGUUCAAAUUUAAGGUAUAAUUCAACAAUAUCAAUUCAACAAUAUCUACAUUUUUCGAAAUAGAAAAAAAACAGUAUCCAAGUCAAUGAAUGCUUUGGCUAAAACUCACUUGGGAACAACGAUAUUCUUUAGUGCCAAAUUCCCAUCUUAUUUUAUUCCAUGGCUAAAAUCCCAAGAAUUACAGAGGAGAAACAGGCCAAACAAGGUUUUCUAUUAAAAUAAGAAGUCCCAAAUGAUGAAUGGAAACUUGGAACAGGUUUUCAUGGCAAUCCUAAAAGCCAGAAAUUAGCUUAAAUACAAACUUAUGAAUUUCUGGCAUGUACUGAGUCUCAAAUAGAAUAUUGGCACUAAUGUUAGUGAAUAGAAACAUGGCUUAAUUUAGGCAGUUGUUAUUCUCAUUCUAGAGAGCUCAGCUUGCUGCUGGAUUGGUCUGGACCGUUGAUGCUUCCUUGUCUCCAGUCAUUGAUAAAAUGUUGAGUGAAUUAAGACUAAUGGUGGAUCUUGCAGUCACCCGCUAGACUUCCAGGUUGAAGCAUGCCAUUGAUAAACACUCUUUGGCACUGUUUUCAAACAAUUAUGAAAUCACCUAACUUUGCUGUCCUGCAGCCUUUCUUUAUUUUGUCUGCAAGGGUAUAUUGGGGACCUUUGUUUACUGUCUCCAUGAAUUCCAGAUAGAUUGUGCCUGUAGCAUUUUCCAGCAACUGAAAAUCUAAAAUGCCCAUGUCAGUUCUUUUUAAGUCUAUGUGGUUGGUUUGAUGUUACCAGUUUUUGGUUAAGCCAAAGUAGUCCCUGGUAUGAAUGCCUUUCAUUUCUGAGUGCUCAUAAACAAUCACUUCAGUAAUAUUAGAGUUGUGAAGGAAUUUAAAUCAAAUUCAAGGCACUUUUUUAAAAAUAGGAAAUUUGGUUCUCUAGUCACAUCUGUAAGCUCUUCUGGUACCCUGGAAGAUCAUUUAUCUUGUUACAGACACUUGACUUGCUUCUAGUACUUUCAUGCUUCCUACCUCCUCACUGAUCUUGAGGUUCAAGUUCUGCUUAAACAUUUUCUUCAACGAAAAAGAAAGAAUUUGGGUAAUAUACUUUCUAAAUAUCUUUCAAUCUUUAACACUCUAUGAUUCUUGUUAGGCUGUUUCAACUGAGAAUACUGAUAGAGAAGCAAAGUCCCAAAAUUGACAUUUGAUUUUAUCUGUUAUUAUUAUACAAUCUGCCCCAAUCCUUUAACCUAUUCUCCAUUUUUAUUGUUAUUCAUCCAAAUAUAUUUUGAGUCCCUUUGUUUAUUCUAGGAAAUUUUCAAAUGCCUCAGUCAAGAAUCAAAAGUAUAUUUGUUUCUCAGAACUAAAAAUUUAGAGGCUCUCUCCCUAAAAGCUAAAGCAUUCCCUCUGAAGGGAAGGGAAUAUGAAAAAAUUUCAGCAGUCAUGUUAUAUGAAAAGUCUUUUUUAUCUCCCCAUCCACUGGAUGCAAUACCUGUAAAGAAUGCUAUAUCAUAUUGGAAAGUAUUUUCUUUCUGUAGAUGCAUAAAGAUCAGAAGUCCUGUUCCUUUAUAACAAGAUGGAAUUCCCCCCUCCAUUUGUAAUACUUUAUUUGAAUAAUAAUAAGAACAAAAUUAAGCAAUAAAAAGAACAAAAAUAAAAAGACCUAUAAAUGUUCUCACUCCUCAAAAGGUUUUCUCCUACCCAUUCUGUACAUAUUCUUGGUUGUUCCUACCUAGGAUGUGAAGAAAGGAAGAGAGAUGUUUUGCUCAAUACAUAUAAUUUCAGAUAGACUCUUUCAGAAUUUAAACACAAUUCCAAUGUGAUCUCUUAAUUCAUUUUGGAAUAAGAAGAUCCUAAUGAUCUAACAGUAGAAUCAAAUCAAUUAAGACUUGAAAAAUGGUUGCUUUUUAAAAAUGUAAGAAGAUGUACACUCAUUCAAUGCUUCAACAUUUCCAAUGACGGGAAAGUCACUAGCUCACAAAGCAGCAUAUUCAAUUUGUAAAUUUCCAUCCACACAUUCAUUAUAUAUGUAUGGAGCCACACUCUGUUUAGAAUGAACAGUCUAACAACAACAAGACUUAAAGUGGAGAGAUCAGUUAGGAGGUUAGGAGGCCUUCUCAUUAGUAGGUGAGAAAUGAUGAAGUCUAAACUAAGUCAGCACCAAGAGAGGAAAAUGGAAUAACAAAUUUAAAACAUAUUUAGAAAACAGAACAACUAGAUUUAAUGACUAACUCCAGUCCAGAUUCAAGGAGAGAGGAUUAGUUUCCACCUCUCAAAUAAGUGGAGUAGAAAAGAAUUAUAGCCAACUUGAAUCUGUCACACCCACCUUAAGAUGGAAUUUUUUUAACUACCUUGGACGACACUAAACAUUGAGAUGUUCGUUUGUCUCUGUUUUUAAAUUAUUUAUCAUGUGCUCAGUUUGUGGAACAACAUAAAUAUACAACUGAAAAAUGAAAAUUAGAUCCUUCCGUAUUCGGCAGAUACUCUCAUAACGGUCAACCCAAAGCCUGAUCAAACGAAUGAGCAUGUCCCCUUGCCCUGUGGCCAAAAUAUGCCAGAUUAUUUGGUUUCCCAAAGCAAAAUGAUUUGUAAUGAUGCUAAUAAUAGAGAAAGGAAAAUUUAUGUGAAUUAAGAGAGUUCACUGAGUGCCAGUAUUUUUUUUAUAGGCUUAAUUCAGUUGUAUUGUGAUUGGUUUUGCUCCUGUGCCCAAUGGCCUCGUGAUAGAUGCAUUUUACAAAUACAAUUAUGGGGUGCUAUUUCAAGGUUCUUGUCUGGCACGGGGGAAAACAAGUGCCAUGACUUAUCAUGGCACUUGUCUUAUCAUGGCACUUUUCUUGUUAUUUAUAAGCAAAAAAUACCUUUAUUUUAUAAUUUGUAAUUAUAAUACAAAGUAAAAAGAGUGAUAACAUAAUACUUUGGGGAAGAGCCUUUCUUAGAGUCCAGCAACUUUAUUAGUAGGAUUCAGUUCUCCUAGUUUGAAAUAGUUUGUAUGUCAAAUUUUAAAGGGAGAAAUCUGUAGUAAAAUCAUUGCAGGCUCUUGAGCCCUCUCUCUCUAUUAGACAUGGUCUGUCUAUAUACAACAAAGGGGAUGUGCCUGAAUUGUAGUAGUUCUUCUUGAAUUUGCUAAAAAAGGAUCUGAAGAAAAUGAAAGAAUCAUCACUUAUGUAUUGAGAGCCUAUAAGGUUUCCUACAUUGUGAAGAAUAUACAGAAAUAUAAGACAUGGCUUCUGUUUGCAGGUUGCUUAUAAAUAGGGUAAAGAAAUAAUAGCACAACUACAAGGACCUGCAGCUAGAAUGAGUAUACAACUAUGUUCUCGGGGGACAUUGGGGAGAAGAAGGGGGAAAAAAAAGAAGAUUGGCAACAGGUGUUAGCUCAGGUGCCAAUCUUUAAGAAAAAAAGAAAGAAUAUUAAAGCAUUUGGAUGAAUUAGAGGUGACACAUGUCAGCAUUCAGAGAUACCUGGUAGACUGUGAAAGAGAAAAAAAGGCCGUUAUGCUUAUAAUAGACAAUGUUUCAUGGAUUAGUUGGGUUUAAAGCUGGACCUUGAAACAUAUAUAAGAUUUGGAAAUGGGGAGAGAAAAGAAGAAGCUAUUUCUAUUUGAGAGAAUUGGACAAGUAAAGUUGUAAAUUUAGUUCUGUUCAAAAAACAUUAAGUACGUCUGUGCCAAACUCUAUAUUGGGUGCUGGAGAUUACAGCAUUUUUGGGAACUCUUCUGCACUCUGUUGCUAAAGUAUUUUCAUGUAUCCUAAAAAGGUGAAUCUCUUGUGAAGAAACAAAUCCCUUGAAGGAAUUCUCAUGACAGAAAUCUCUUUUCCUUGAUGAUAUAGAAAGGGACUAGUUUUUGUUCUCAGAAUACAGGAUGAGCUCUAGAAAUAGUUGGGAAAGCUUAACUUUGCUGCUCACUCAUCUUCUCCGUCAUCACUGACUUCCUGUAUGGCCUAUGCCAGGUGCUUAUCUGUGUUUGAUACCUGAAGGGCCAUGCUAUAUAGAGACUGUCAACUAAGGUGUUAUCUGAUCAUAAUAAAUUGUUGCAUUUUAAUAAAAAUAAUAGUAAUAAUGUACUUGUCAGUCACUAUGCAAACUGCUUUAUAUACAUCACCUCAUGUAAUCAUAACAACCUUAUGAACUUUACUUAUUAUUGUCUUCCCUAAUUAAAAUGAGUCUAAUCUGAAGCUUAGAUUAAGUAACAUGUCCAAGGCCAUACAGUUGGUCGUUGGCAAGGGUGUGACUGACUCCAUAGUCUGUGUUCCUAAUCACUGUGCUAUUCUGCUUUUUAGUAGCGGGUUCUUGAAGGCCCAAGGGAAGGAAUGCAUAAACGGCACAGCUGAGGCAUCAGCAUUAGUAUUUGUGACAGAGCAUUAGCCAGCAGUCUAAGCAAUCCCAUUCCACCAGCUAGUGAGGUUGGCCAGAGGCUAAGUACAGUAGUGUGAGAAACAACAGUAGUGCCAAACAUGGAGUAUAACGUUUUUAGCACAACGUCUUUGAAAAAGGUGGCUGAUUUGCGUUGGUUGCCUGUUUGCCUUCUCAGUCAUUGAGGGAGUAAAUACCAGUUGAAGCUUAUGAUCCCGACACAUCAAAAUGGACAACCUGGCAGGUGUCCUUGCUGAAAGAUGAUGAGAUUGCUAAAAGACAAGCCCUGGUUUUCCUCCGGGGAUGUGACAUUUGGGGGCUUCCAUUAAAAACAUCACCAAGCCUCUGUCACUUUAAUCUCUUCCUUAAGUGCCUGUGAUCUUUUCAGGGGCACAAGUCCAUGCAUGGUCAAUACCCAGUGGCCAGGUUUCGGAGCUGUGGGCAGAGGUGGCAGUGACUGUGAGGGCCUGGGAGAAGAUGAGGGAAGGAAAGGUCACUCUUCCUGACAACUUAUAACUUGAUUCCACUUUUAAGCCAUUUAUUUUCAGAAAUAAGUAAUGGGUGAAGACAUAGGCCAGGCCUACAAUUUGUGCACUUGAGAGUUUAAGGCUUUCUGAGAUCAAAUUACCACAGCAGAGACAGAGUUACUGUAGGAAUAUUCUGGGAGGAAGCAGACAGAGAGGGAGAAGCCAGAGACCUAAGAAAGGAGACAGGAAUAGAAUGUGAUGGAAAUUGCUUCCCACUCUGCACCCUUGAGGGAACAAAGAGGACAAACAAGAAGCAGCAGUGAUAGGAGGAAGCUGGGAGCUUCUCUAGAUAAAAUUAGUUAGGUUAUGGAGGGUUGUCAGCGAGUGUACUUGGUGGGUAGAAGGGAUGUGCUAGUUCAGGCCUUUGAAAUCUGGGUGUCAGGAUCAUUGCCUUGGCCUCUUCAACUAUCCCGUCAAGGAGGGAAGCAUGCCAAAUGCCAGGUCUCAUUCUGGCUGAGUUCCAGUCCAUAGCUAGAAAAUGACCCACAGAGGAAGAUCUAGGAGUGAGAGGAUGCUGGGAGAUGAGGAAAAGAAAGGACAUUUUAAUGAAUGCUUCUUGCAUGUGGGGCAAUGGAUUUUAAACUCCUCUGGAAGAGAUGAGAGGGCCUACGGAGAGUGGAUGUUCAGAACAGAGAAGCAGAGGCAAUGACACAGCACAGAAAGCCUUGCUCUGAUCAUUCUGCCUCCUUCACUGAAGAGACCUGGUUGUCCUUUUGUUGCGUCUGCAGCAAUACAAGGGGGACUCCUAGGGGAACUGAGGCCCAUAGGUGUAAGGGAGCCUUAUAUUUAUGGAAGAAGAGCUGCAGCUAUUGAAAUUGCUGUGUAUUGUAAGAUAAAUGCGUCUCCCACAUUUUGCUUAAUAACAGCAGACUUUUCACUGCAAAGCAUUAAUGGAGUUGGAAUUCCCGCCAGGCUUGGGAGAUCAAGAGUAACUCUCUUGAUGUAACGGUUUUGCAGGCUCUGGAAGACAUUGUCAUCCAUUAAAGAAAAAUUUUAAAAUCAGUCCUGAAAGAACAAAGAAAAUGUCUUGGGUGAUAAAUAAAAAAGAUUUGAAGUAAAAUAAGGAAAACCUUGAGGGGAGAAUCUCUUUCGAAUUCUACCAGAUUCUCCCCACUAUAAUCAAAAGGGGUCAAAUAAGAGCUUAGCUUGCAGCUUCAUGGAGCCAAUUUUUUAAAGAGAGAAUUUUAAAACCUGAAAUAUUGGUUAUCUGCAAAGGCAUACAACGAAAGUAAGGGCCACAUGGAUAGGAGCAGAAUUGAGUGUUUGGAUCCCAGGAUGCUAGUUUUAGGCUUGCUGCACGAAAGAGGACAGCGCUUGCCAUCCCCCUGCCUUUGCCCUAGGAGUUGAACACUUUCUGCAGUACUUAGGAGUAUUCCAGGGAAAACAUGAGGGACAGGUAAAUAGUCCCCAUCAUCAGUAACCCCAGAGCGCCUCCCUGGCGUUCGUCUCCUUUGAACGUGGAGCCGCCGCCCAUGUACCCAUACUUAGCUAAGGCCCUCAGUUUAUUUUGCUGAAUUGCGCUUGGAAAUCUUUUCCUGGGGAGCUAAUAGUCCGAGUCCUAGAGAUUUAACUGCUUUUCCUAGAAUAAUCUCCUUACAAGACCCGUUAAGCAGCCUAGGGACCGCGGGGACUGGAUGAAAAUGACGGUGGGGGCAGGGAGAAAGGGAGUGGCCGUGUUUCCGCGGUCUGCUGGGAUUCGGCAGGUCCAGGGAGAAGGAGCCGGGGCUGGAGCGGUUGGAGCGGCUGAUCAGUCCAGGUCGCGGUCCGCCACCUCGGUGUGGAAUCGGGGCCGGACUUGCUGAGCACUCCUCCCCCUCCCCUUCUGCUUCCUUCUCCCUCCCCCUGGAGCAGCAGCAGCGGCGGCGGCGGCGGCGGCGGCGGCGCGGCAGGAAGCGAAGCCAGGCUGAGCGACUCCGAGGCGAGCGGAGGAGCUGAGAUAUGGGGAGUCGGCGGGGGCGGCGGGGCCAGGAGCCCCACGGAGGGCCUGCGAGGGGAGCGGCCCCCGGCGUUUGCUAGCGCGUGAGCCGUGGGGGAGCAGGCGCAGGGCGGCACGAGCGGAGGCAGAGGCGGGGCCCGGGCGUGGAGCGCGGCCGGGGAAGCUGCUGCCUCCGGCCCUGCCCGGCUGCCUCCGCCGCGGCCGGUGGCUAUGGAGCUGGCGGGCAGCAGACCUGGGGCGACAGAGCAUUCGCGACUCCGGCUGCCCAUGUCCUGGCUGCUGCCGCUGCCUCUCCUGCUGCUACUGCUGCUGCCAGGCCCAGCGACCUCCCAGCUGCGAUACUCGGUGCCGGAGGAGCAGGCACCCGGAGCGCUUGUGGGCAACGUGGCUAGCGCGCUGGGACUGGAGCUGCGGCGCUUGGGGCCGGGCUGCCUGCGCAUCAACCAUCUGGGUGCGCCCAGCCCGCGCUACCUGGAGCUGGACCUGACAAGUGGAGCGCUCUUCGUCAACGAGCGCAUUGACCGGGAGGCGCUGUGUGAGCAGCGGCCUCGCUGCCUGCUCAGCUUGGAAGUGCUGGCGCACAGCCCCGUGGCGGUGAGCGCCGUUGAGGUGGAGGUAUUGGACAUCAACGACAACUCGCCGCGCUUCCCGCGGCCGGACUACCAGCUUCAGGUAAGCGAAUCGGUGGCACCUGGAGCGCGCUUUCAUAUAGAGAGCGCGCAGGACCCCGACGUGGGCGCCAACUCGGUGCAGACCUACGAGCUCAGCCCCAGCGAGCACUUCGAGCUGGACCUUAAACCCCUGCAGGAGAACAGUAAGGUGCUGGAGCUGGUGCUGCGUAAGGGCCUAGACCGCGAGCAGGCAGUCUUGCACCACCUGGUUCUCACAGCUGUGGACGGGGGCAGCCCAGCCCGCUCGGGCACAGCACAGAUCUCUGUGCGUGUCCUGGACACUAACGACAAUUCUCCCACCUUCGACCAGUCCACUUACCGCGUCCAGCUGCGGGAGGACGCGCCCCCAGGCACAUUGGUAGUGAAGCUGAAUGCGUCAGACCCGGAUGAGGGCUCCAAUGGCGAGCUCAGGUACUCCUUAAGUAGCUACACGUCGGACCGGGAGAGGCAGCUCUUCAGCAUCGACGCCAGGACGGGGGAAGUGCGGGUAAGUGGAGCGCUGGAUUAUGAGGAGGCCUCUUCCUACCAGAUCUAUGUGCAGGCGACUGACCGGGGUCCAGUGCCCAUGGUGGGUCACUGCAAGGUGCUGGUGGACAUCGUGGAUGUGAAUGAUAAUGCACCAGAGGUGGUGCUCACGGACCUGUAUAGCCCAGUGCCUGAGGAUGCUGCACCUAACACCGUCGUGGCCCUUCUCAGCGUCAAUGACCAAGACUCAGGCCUCAACCGGAAAGUGAGUCUGGGCCUGGAGGCCACAAUGCCUUUCCGACUGAAUGGCUUUGGAAACUCCUACACACUGGUGGUGAAUGGCCCCUUGGACAGGGAACGAGUGGCUGCCUACAACAUCACAGUGACAGCCACUGAUGGAGGAAUACCACAGCUCACAUCCCAGCGGACACUGCGGGUUGAGAUCUCUGACAUCAAUGACAAUCCACCAAGUUUCCAGAAGGACUCCUACUCCAUCUACAUCCAGGAGAACAAUUUGCCAGGGGUGUUGCUCUGCUCUGUGCAAGCCACAGACCCGGAUGAAAAGGAGAAUGCAGAGGUGACCUACUCCCUCCUGGAGAGGGAGAUUCAAGGGCUACCAGUCACCUCUUAUGUCUCCAUUAACAGUGCUAGUGGCAGCCUUUAUGCUGUCAACUCCUUUGACUAUGAGAAGUUUCGGGAGUUCUUUGUGACUGUGGAGGCCCAGGACAAGGGGAGCCCACCACUGAGCAGCACUGUGACCGCCAAUGUGUAUAUAGUGGACGUGAAUGACCAUGCCCCUCACAUCCUGUAUCCUACCUCAACCAAUUCGUCAGCAGCCAUUGAGAUGGUGCCUCGGACUGCCCCUGCUGGCUACCUGGUCACCAAAGUCAUAGCCAUGGACUCAGACUCUGGGCAAAAUGCUUGGCUCUUUUACCAUCUGGCCCAGUCUUCUGACCUGGACCUCUUCAAAGUGGAGCUCCACACAGGAGAAAUUAGGACUACCAGGAAGAUGGGAGACGAGAGUGGCACCACUUUCAACCUGACUGUGGUGGUCCGAGACAACGGAGAGCCAUCACUGUCAGCCUCUGUGGCCAUUACAAUAGCUGUGGUGGACAGAGUCUCCAAAAUCCUCCCUGAUACUCAGAGACAUGUUAGGAGUCCUCGGACAUACUCUGAAAUUACACUUUAUCUAAUAAUAGCGUUAAGCACAGUGUCUUUUAUAUUUCUUUUAACAAUCAUUGUUUUGAGCAUCAUCAAGUGCUACCACUACACUGCAUAUGGCACUGCGUGCUGUGGAGGCUUCUGUGGAGUGAGGGAGCGCUCCCCUGCAGAACUGUACAAACAGGCCAAUAACAAUAUCGAUGCCAGGCUACCGCAUGGCCUCAAAGUGCAGCCUCACUUCAUUGAAGUGCGAGGGAAUGGCUCCCUCACUAAGACCUACUGCUACAAGGCCUGUCUGACAGCAGGCUCAGGGAGUGACACUUUCAUGUUUUACAACACAGGGGCCCAGACAGGACCGGGGCCUGGGGGAGCCCAAGCAGCAGCCGGUGACAGCAGGCACCUCACAGGCCAAAGUGGGCCGAGUGCCGGGAACCUGAUUAUUCUCAAAAACGAGGCUGUUUCUCAAAAUGAGCCACGACAGCCCAAUCCUGACUGGCGUUACUCUGCCUCCCUGAGAGCAGGAAUGCACAGCUCUGUGCACCUGGAGGAGGCUGGCAUUCUACGGGCUGGUCCGGGAGGGCCUGAUCAGCAGUGGCCAACAGUAUCCAGUGCAACACCAGAACCAGAAGCAGGAGAGGUGUCCCCUCCAGUCGGUGCUGGUGUCAACAGCAACAGCUGGACCUUUAAAUACGGACCAGGCAACCCCAAACAACCUGGUCCCGAACCUAAAAAGCAGACCCAAGUUUCCUUUCUCCUCCGCCGCAAAGGAGAGGCUUCCCAGCCCCGCCAGUGAGAGGUUGGACUCUCUGCCCUGUGCUCCGGGGAUCCUGUCUUGAUGACACUUGCAGGGCAGGCUGAAAGGUUUUGAGAUUGAGCAGCUUGGGUGUCUGUGGCCACUGGGUAUGUGUGGCCACCGGGGGUAUGUGAGUGCCAGAGAUUGGCUGGGAUGGGCCAGAUUAGACUAAUUGGCGCAAGGAGGGCUGGGAAAGAAAGGCAAAUAAACAGUUGGAGUUACCAGUCUGGAGGGGAAAUGUGAAACUAAAAGGGACCAGACUUUCUAAAUCUUACAACUCAAGAGACGGUGGCCACCCUCUAGCAGACAAAACUACUCCCACUGACGAGGCUUUAGAAGCCCCUAAAGCCUGUUGGCUGUGGUAUCAUUAAACCUAAAACCUGCGUUAUACCUACAAGCGAAUAGUACAGUGUUUAACAGGGGGCCAACCAGGUCAACAGAAGCAGAUCUGAUGUAUUUCCUGUAUAUGUCCUUGUGCUCACUUUAUUAAAAAUUCUUUUGCACACGAUGUUUAUGAAAAGGCCAGAUCCUUUUCCAAUGACACAUAUGCAAAAGCAAAAGAAAAAAGAAAACCCCAACACCUCACUUUAUGCUGUUUGUUGUUUGAUAGAUUUAUUUAAAAAAAGAGAAAAUCUAUAACUAUAAAUCUUUAAAGAGAAAUAUGAUGAAUACAAUUCCCCUAAACUCUCCUCAGAAGAGAAUUAUUCAGUCUACAGCCAUUUAAAUGAUCAUUGCUGCUACAGAAGUGCUUUAAGAGAAUUGCCUGAAACAUCUGUAUUAUACCGGCCACCUGCCAAUCACAGCUUUACUCUUUUCAGGUCACUCUGGGGCUGCCUCUUGCAUGUAUUAAUUACUAAAUAAAAGGACCUUUCUCUCUCUCUUUUCUAAGAAACAAUUAUGUGCACUUUGAAUACACAACCUUCUCUAGCCCACUAUAUCAAGACCCAGAAAUUGAAGAAAAAUCUUGUUUUCUCAUACAUACAGUGAGCAGACUUUUCAGUCCUCUAAGUCUGUGAUUUGUCUUGGUGUGCUAGCCUACACCUUCUCUUUGGUUUAGUUUUCCUUUUCUAGAAGACUCUGAAUUGCUAAUCUUGCUAACACCUCUGAUGUUCCCUGAAAUCAAUCUCCCAUAUGUAUGCUGUAUGCUAUUAUAAGACUCCUGAAAUAUACUUACUCUGUGCUUGUGUAUGUGAAUGUUAAUGCAACUAUUACCUAGAGUGAACUUUAAGCUUUAUUGUUGAAUGUAAUUCCAUUAUAUUUCCUUUUGUACACCUGUGAAAAAGUGGAGUAGUGUUUUUUUAACCAUUGUUAAUCAGCUUUUGUGUAUGAAAGACACAGUAAAAUUUCUUUCUUAAAUCAAGAUACUGGUGAUUCAAGGAAUUUUAUUUAUGGUCAGCCAAGAGCUCUCUCUUGCCAAGACUCCUGCUGGCAAGAGAAUGGAUAAAGCUGUUUUUUUCUAGUAACAAUUCUGGAAUGAAUACCGAAGAUAUUCCCUGAGGGUGUGCAAGCACAAAAUUUACCAAUCUGGCCUCUUUGAAGUCACAGAGUGCUUUGAAAUUCUAACAGUAUCUGGAAUAUCAGCUCAUAGAAAAGAAUAAGAUUUACUGUCACCUUAAAUAAUAAAUUUUAAUUUUGUUAGAAUGUACAAUUUAGAAGUUUGAUUAAUUAUAUUAUCUUUUAAAAGUUAACGUAAAAGAGGUAGGAGUCUGUUAUUAAAACAAAAACAUUAAAUCUAAAAAAAAAAAACCUGUUUUGUCUACUUAUAGCUUCAUUCUCCCAUAUUUUGAAGGGUGUGUAACUUCAGCUCUGCAGGAUUGCAUGGGGUAAAACUUGUUGCCAGCACAUGUGAACCAUUGCUACAUUGUAGGUUGUGAUCAUUUGCCCCACUGAAACCCAUGUAUCUGACCUUACGUGCCUUUUGAAUACUAGGAGAAUCGGGCUAAUUUAUUAAUGAUGAUAAUUAUGAUGUAUCUGUACAGCACUUUUUACAUUUGCAAAGUGCUUUCCAAUCCAUGUUAGUUACUAGUUAUUACAGCUGUAAGGAUAAAACACGUCAUGUGGAUUCAUUUUUAAUUGGUGCUAUUGGUAUUUCCUCUGUUAUUGCUAAUAAAUGGAAAAUGGUGGUAUGAAA